AUGCAAGCCUGGAUUUACACCACCACAACAGGCGGGCUAGAAAAAAACCUCCACCUAGACGCAUCCGCUCGCGUCCCACCCGCUCCCCGCGGCAACGAAGUCAUAGUGAAAGUCCUCACAGCAUCUCUAAACCCAGCAGAUUACAAAGUGCCGGAACUAGGAUUUCUCGUUCGCAUGAUGCUGAUAGGCACGCCCGCAACGCCAGGUAUGGAUUUCUGCGGACGUAUAGUCAGUACCGGACCACUUGCGAAUCAUCUUAAAGAGGGGACGCUUGUGUACGGGUUUGCGGGACGGCCGGUGCAGUUCGGGUCGUUGGCGGAGUAUAUGGCCGUUGGUGCUGAUAAGAUCUGUGUUGUUCCUGAUGGUGUCAAGAUUGAUGAAGCUGCAGCUGUUGGUGCUACGGGGCUGACGGCUUAUCAGAGUUUGGCGCAUGUUAUGGCUGGGGACAAAGUGUUGAUAAAUGGGGGAUCUGGGGGGUGUGGAGUAUUUGGUAUUCAGAUUGCGAAGGCGAUGGGGUGUCAUGUUACGACUACUUGCUCGACGAGGAAUAUGGAGUUGUGUUUGAGGCUUGGGGCGGAUGCGGUGAUUGAUUAUACGGCUGAGAAGGAUUUAAUUGGGAAGCUUGCAGGGAAUAUGUUUGAUCAUGUGGUUGAUAAUGUUGGACUUCCGUCUGAUAUGUACUACCAGUGUCAUCGAUUUUUGAAGGAAGAGGGGACUUUUGUGCAGAUUGGGGCUGUGUCGAUGAUGACCUUUGUUAGUCGGAUGUGUUGGCCGGCUUUUCUUGGUGGUGGGCAGAGAAAGUACAUGCCUAUUACGACGGAGACUGAUCUGAAGCGGCUAGGGCAGCUGGGGGAGUGGAUUGCGGAGGGGACGAUCAAGGUUCAGCUGGAUAGUGUGUUUGAUUUUGGUGAUGCAAUUAAGGCAUUUGAGAAGCUUCGAUUGGGACGAGCGAGGGGGAAGAUUGUGGUACAUGUCAGUGAUCCAGAUGCGAGGAACAUGGAGUCAUUUGGAAUCGGACUUUGA